GUGGGGAAGGCGCUCCAAAUCCCCAACCUCCACGUACCAACAAAUAGGCGCGAAAAUUAAAAUAUCGCAGAAACUAACAAAAGACAAGAAAUUUUACUUUAAAUAUAUAUAAAAUUCAUUCAAAUUCAAACCCUUUCACUUGCCUUUGGCUUCUCUAGCACUCUUCUCCUCUUCUUCCUCUUGUUUCUCUAUAUAAGCACAAAUCAUAAACCUCCUACUACCUGUUCGAUAAAAAUCCUCAUUACCCUUUCAAACUGUUUCCAAAUUCCAUAAACUUUCUUACUCAAUCAGGCCAUGUACGUGAUAAAGCGAGAUGGGCGCCAAGAACCCGUCCAUUUCGACAAGAUAACGGCUCGGUUGAAUAAACUGAGUUAUGGGCUGAACAGUGAACACUGUGACCCUGUGCUCGUUGCUCAGAAGGUUUGUGCUGGGAUCUACAAGGGUGUCUCUACAAUCGAGCUUGAUCAGUUAGCCGCUGAGACAGCCGCUUCUAUGACUGCCAACCACCCUGAUUAUGCUCUGUUGGCUGCGAGAAUUGCACUUAGUAACCUGCAUAAGAAUACAAAGAAGUCCUUUUCAGAAACGAUCAAAAUAAUGUAUAACUAUGUUGAUAAGAGGUCUGGACAAAAGGCUUCACUUAUUGCGGAUGAUGUUUAUGAAAUAAUCAUGAAGAAUGCUGCCCUUCUAGACAGUGAGAUCAUCUAUGACAGAGAUUUUGACUAUGAUUACUUUGGCUUCAAAACUCUUGAGAGGUCCUACCUUUUAAAGGUUGAUGGGAAAAUUGUGGAAAGACCACAGCACAUGUUGAUGAGGGUUGCUGUCGGUAUUCACAAAGAGGACAUUGACUCUGCUGUCAAAACAUACCACUUGAUGUCUCAGCGCUGGUUCAUACAUGCAACCCCUACUCUUUUCAAUGCUGGAACCCCCCAGCCACAAUUGAGUAGCUGCUUUCUUGCGUGCAUGAAAGAUGAUAGCAUUGAGGGCAUAUUUGAUACUUUGAAGGAGUGUGCUGUUAUAAGCAAGGUAGCUGGAGGAAUUGGUCUUUCUGUGCAUAAUAUCCGUGCAACAGGCAGUUACAUUCGGGGGACAAAUGGGAGUUCCAAUGGCCUUGUUCCUAUGCUUCGAGUGUUUAAUGACACUGCUCGCUAUGUUGAUCAAGGAGGAGGUAGGAGGAAAGGUGCUUUUGCCAUAUAUUUGGAGCCAUGGCAUGCAGAUAUCUUUGAGUUUCUAGACCUUAAGAAAAACCAUGGAAAGGAAGAACAUCGAGCUAGAGAUUUAUUCUAUGCUCUCUGGAUUCCUGAUCUCUUUAUGGAAAGAGUCCGAGGUGAUGGCAGCUGGUCUUUGUUUUGCCCCAAUGAGGUUCCUGGUUUGGCUGAUUGUUGGGGGGAAGAAUUUGAAAAUUUGUACACCAUUUAUGAAAAUGAGGGUAAGGCAAAGAAGGUUCUUUCUGCUAGGAAACUCUGGUUUGAGAUUUUAAAUUCCCAGAUUGAAACUGGAACUCCUUACAUGCUUUAUAAGGAUUCUUGCAAUAGGAAAAGCAACCAGAAGAAUCUGGGCACUAUAAAGUCCUCAAACCUGUGCACUGAGAUCAUUGAGUUCACAAGUCCCACAGAAACUGCAGUGUGCAAUCUAGCUUCCAUUGCUCUACCGCGACAUGUCAGGGAAAGGGGGGUACCAAUUGAGGCUAACUCACCUAAGCUGGUUGGAAGUACAGAUUCAAAGAGCAGAUAUUUUGAUUUUGCAAAACUAGCAGAGGUUACUGCAACAAUUACUGCAAAUCUUAACAAGAUAAUUGAUACUAACUACUAUCCCGUUGAAACUGCAAGAAGAUCAAAUUUAAGACACAGGCCAAUUGGUAUUGGAGUUCAGGGACUUGCUGAUACUUUUAUCCUGCUUGGCAUGCCUUUUGAUUCACCAGAGGCUCAACAGCUAAACAGAGACAUAUUUGAGACUAUAUACUACCAUGCAUUGAAAUCUUCUUCUGAGUUGGCUGCAAAAGAUGGCCCAUAUGAGACAUAUCAUGGGAGCCCAGUGAGCAAGGGAAUUCUUCAGAUGGACAUGUGGGGUGUGAUGCCUUCAGACAGAUGGGAUUGGGACGCUCUUAGAGAACUGAUCUCGAAGAAUGGACUAAGAAAUUCCCUUCUUGUGGCACCAAUGCCGACUGCUUCAACAAGCCAGAUUCUUGGCAACAAUGAGUGUUUUGAGCCUUACACAUCCAAUAUCUAUAGUCGCAGAGUUUUAAGUGGUGAAUUUGUUGUGGUGAACAAACACCUCCUCCAUGACUUAACAGAGAUUGGUCUUUGGUCGCAUUCUCUUAAAAACAAGAUAAUUUAUGAGAAUGGUUCUGUUGCGAAAAUUCCCGAGAUACCUGAGCUGCUGAAAGCUAUCUACAAGACAGUGUGGGAAAUCAAGCAAAAGACAUUGGUUGAUAUGGCUGUUAGCCGGAGUUGCUACAUAGACCAGAGUCAAAGUCUGAAUAUUCACAUGGAGCAACCUGAUCUUGGGAAACUAACUUCAUUGCAUUUCUAUGCUUGGUCGAAGGGCCUGAAAACAGGGAUGUACUAUCUCAGAACUCGUGCUGCGGUUGAUGCUAUCAAGUUUACAGUUGAUACAUCUGCUCUCAACCAUGAGAAUGCUAAUAGGACAAACAGUGAUUGCAAUACCGAUUUGGCACAAGUGGUAUGCUCACUGAAGAAUAAAGAAGAGUGCAUGUCCUGUGGUAGUUGAAGUGCAACUAAAUGUGUAGUCAUAUAUCGGUAACAACCAACUGCAAGUUGGAAUUGAAGAGCUAUGGACCGUGCAACAGCAUUCUGUAAGUGUAUGCCUGAUCCAUCACGAAACUAACGCUUUCAGGGAUACUACCUUUGAGUUAUUAAUUGCUUUUGUACUUCAGGUUGUUAAUGAACUGGCUAGUACUGUGUUUUUGCCCAAGUGCAUGGCCGUUCAUUAGGGGCUCAACAUUAGAUAACUACAUGAAAAGUUUGUGUAAAGAUCACAUUCUUAUUUGUUGUCUUUUGUAUCAGAGGACAUGAACCAUCUUUUGAUGUCUCCUGUGUAAAAUGUCCUGCUUUAAUGUGUAUAGAUUGUAUGACAGGCUACAUUUGAAUCACUUCACUUUGCCCGUC